AUGGUUACAGGUAGAGUUGAAGUUGGAGCGAUUUUAGAUCCCUCUCCUGGUAAGAAAGAUCUAACAAAUGAAGUCGAAUCAUCAAAUGAUGAGGAAAUACGCGUAAGCGAUGCACCUGAAAGUAUGAAUGAUUCAGAUCGUGGACAUUCAGGGAGCUCUAAUGAUAGCCUAAGCGACAACAAUGCGAAAGGAAAGAAUAAGAAUAAGAGGCCAGCAAAGGGAAGAGUGUUUCAAUGCACUGGUUAUCCUGAUUGUAAUAUGUCAUUUACUAGGUCUGAACAUUUGGCAAGACAUAAAAGAAAGCAUACUGGCGAACGUCCAUUCACAUGUCCACAUUGUACAAAGAAUUUCUCGAGGCUAGACAAUUUGAGACAGCACCAGCAAACAGUCCACGCAUAUGAGAAACUGAUAUCUGGUGGUACAUUGAAGGAACACGAAGCUCUCAAAGGCUCGAUUCAGCCAAAGACUCCCAGCUCGAUGUAUUUUGACCUGAAUAAUGAGACUUUUGAAGAUGAAGGUGCCUUAAUUUCUCCCCCGAACAGCUCUUCUCCGGCUUAUCCUUAUAGCUAUCAUAAUAUGCAUCAAUAUCCGCGUGGCCAACCGAACAUAAAUGGGUCUUAUUCUCCCCCUGCUUUUUCCUUACCUCAUGUUCAUCAGCUGGCAACCCCCCCACCAUCCUCCCAGAUUAACUUUUUGAAAAACCCUAACGUAUUCAAACCUAAAAGAAGGCCAAAACCUUUGUCAUUACAGCAUUCAUUUAUAAACGAUACGGGAAAUAGGCUCUCGGCUGAUGGCGACAAUAAUGGACUUCAUAAUAGUUUUCAAUAUCAAGAGACACUUAAAACUGCUCCCCCAGCUCCUAGUAGCCGAGUUCAAUCUUCUUCAUUUCCAAGCUUUUCCGUUUCCAAUGGCCCUCGGUCUGCUUUGCUUAAACCUCAAACAGCAUCGCCAUUUUCACCUUUGUUUCACCAAUCAUUCAGUCAAGUCAAUAACGCCAACAAAACUAAUCGAGUACAAAAAGAGGUUACUCGUCCAUCUUUUUUUCCGAGUAUAAAAUACUCCCAGUCAAAUCAAACAACAUUGCCUUCAGUUUCCGAAUUGACUUUUUCCCAGAAAAAAUCACCAAACCUUAUGCUAAGUCAUCUUUUGAAUGAUGAAGAAUCCGAAGCAUGUACUACUACCCUGAGGACAGAGGACGCUGUUGAUAAAGGGCCAGUUAUAAAAACUAUGCAAUAG